AUGUCUGAAAAGAGUGCUUCGCAACAGGUUUCCACGUUGGGUGGGUUUUUGGCUGGUGGAAUAGCGGCGUGUGGUGCAGUCACCGUGACCAACCCGAUCGAACUGGUCAAGACCCGUAUGCAGCUACAGGGUGAACUGGCCAAGGAUUCUACGGCUCCAAGACCCUACAAAAAUCCAAUCCAGGCCCUUGGAGUCAUCUACAAGAACGAGGGAUUAAGAGGAACCCAAAAAGGUCUCUUUUGCGCUUACAUCUACCAGAUAGGUCUGAAUGGGUGUAGACUGGGAUUAUACGAGCCAUUCAGAAAGACAAUCAACGAGUUCGUUUUUGCUGGAGAAGAUGCGGUUGCUAAGCAGUCAAUUCCAAUUAAUGUGAUUGCUGGAGCCAGUUCAGGAAUUGCGGGUGCCAUUGUGGGAUCUCCACUUUACCUGAUCAAGACCAGAAUGCAAUCCUAUUCACCUGCCAUCCAGAUUGGUCAGCAAACCCACUAUAAGUCGAUGUGGGAUGGUCUUUCCCAGAUCUACUCAAAAGAAGGCUUCAAAGGACUUUUCCGUGGUGUCGAUGCCGCGAUUCUAAGAACCGGAGCUGGUUCUUCGGUUCAGUUGCCGAUCUACAACUUCGUCAAGGGCGAGCUGGUCUCCAACGAAAUAAUUACCGAGGGACCUGCGCUUCACUUGGCCUCAUCCACCAUUUCUGGUCUCGGAGUGGGAGUAGUGAUGAACCCAUGGGAUGUGCUACUCACCAGAGUCUACAAUCAGCGUGGAAAUCUGUAUUCCGGUCCUAUCGACUGUCUGAUCAAGACCGUCAAAUCAGAAGGUAUCUUCGCCCUUUACAAAGGUUUCGGAGCCCAGCUGUUGAGAAUUGCACCACACACAAUUCUGACUUUGACUUUCAUGGAACAAACCAUGAAGGCAGCCUACUUCAUUGAGGGCAAAAUCUUUAGAGCGUAA